AUGGGUGAAGCAGACGACAUAUCACUGCCAAAAGCCACGGUUCAAAAAAUAAUUUCAGAAGUACUAGAGAAUGAUUUAACCUUCAGUAAAGAAGCACGUGAGAUUAUCAUCGAAUCGGGUAUAGAAUUCAUCAUGAUUCUGUCAUCGAUGGCAUCAGAAAUGGCUGACAAAGAGGCGAAGAAGACCAUUGCACCAGAUCAUGUGAUCAAGGCUCUAGAGGAGCUUGAGUACCAUGAGUUCAUACCCGAUUUAGAGCAGAUACUGGUAGAGCACAAAGAGACCCAGAGGAUCAAGGAAAGAAGAGAUGCAAAAUUCAAGAAAUCUGGACUUUCAGAGGAGGAGUUACUACGACAGCAAGAGGAACUUUUUAAACAAUCGAGGUCGCGGUUUCAACAGACUGCUCCGCCGGCUGCCGCACUACCAGAGGAAUCAACCCCUUCCGACUCUGCUUCUGAGUCUGUCAAGACUGAGGACGUUUAG